CGCGUGGGGAGGACGGUCCGGGACUGGAGGAACACACGCACACUUACGCAUUCCGCCUGUGAGAGCGCGAUCACAGAGGAGCAGCUGAGACCCACAGCGGACCCACGCGCCCGCGACACGGCACGACCAGAAAAAAAAGGGAGAGAGUGAAGGAGUUCAGUAAACCCCGCCCAGGAAGACAAACGCAGCGAACCGGGAGGCAGCAGAGCGCAUAAAAAUGAGCGGUUCCCACCCACGGCUCCACCAGAGCGCCGCGCCCGCUCCCAACGCUCUCUCCACGGACAAGGACGCAGAAAUGCCCGCCACGGAGAAGGACCUGGCCGAAGAUGCGCCGUGGAAAAAGAUCCAGCAGAACACGUUCACGCGCUGGUGCAACGAGCACCUCAAAUGCGUCAACAAGCGCAUCGGGAACCUCCAGACGGACCUCAGCGACGGGCUGCGCCUCAUUGGGCUCCUGGAGGUGCUGUCCCAGAAGAAAAUGUUCCGAAAGUACAACCAGAGGCCCACCUUCCGCCAGAUGCAGCUGGAGAACGUGUCCGUUGCGCUGGAGUUCCUGGACAAGGAGAACAUCAAGCUGGUGUCCAUAGACUCCAAAGCCAUUGUGGAUGGAAACCUGAAGCUGAUCCUGGGUCUGAUCUGGACCUUGAUCUUGCAUUAUUCCAUUUCCAUGCCCAUGUGGGAUGAAGAGGAAGAGUCAGACGAUGGCAAACAGAGGACCCCGAAACAGCGACUGCUUGGAUGGAUCCAGAACAAACUGCCCGAGCUUCCCAUCACCAACUUUAACAGGGACUGGCAGACCGGCCGUGCCUUGGGGGCCCUGGUGGACAGCUGCGCUCCAGGUCUGUGUCCUGACUGGGACCAGUGGGAUCAGACCAAACCAGUGGACAACGCUCGUGAGGCCAUGCAGCAGGCAGAUGACUGGCUGGGCAUUCCUCAGGUGAUCACCCCUGAAGAGAUCGUCGAUCCCAACGUCGACGAACACUCGGUCAUGACCUACCUGUCCCAGUUCCCCAAAGCCAAGCUGAAGCCUGGCGCUCCGCUCCGACCCAAACUCAACCCCAAGAAGGCCCGUGCCUACGGCCCGGGUAUCGAGCCUGUUGGUAAUGUUGUGAUGAAGAAGGCCCUCUUCACAGUGGAGACCAUCAGUGCCGGGAUGGGGGAGGUUCUGGUUUAUGUGGAGGAUCCUGCUGGAAGCAGAGAGGAGGCUAAAGUGACCGCAAACAACGACAAAAACCGCACCUACUCUGUCGUUUACAUCCCUAAAGUGACGGGCAUGCACAAGGUGACGGUGCUGUUUGCAGGACAGCACAUCUCAAAAAGCCCCUUUGAGGUGGAGGUAGGCAUGGCUCAAGGAGACUCCAGCAAGGCCACGGCUCAGGGUCCAGGCCUGGAGCCGUCUGGAAACAUCGCCAACAAGACCACCUACUUUGAGGUCUACACAGCAGGUGCCGGUGUUGGCGAGGUGGAGGUGGUGAUCAUGGACCCUGCAGGGAAGAAGAACACUGUGACGUGCAACAUUGAAGACAAAGGCAACAGCAGCUACCGCUGCACUUACAAACCCACCCAGGAGGGCCAGCACACCAUCUUUGUCACCUUCGCUGGUGGUCAAAUCAGCAAAAGUCCAUUCACCGUCAACGUGGGAGAAGCGUGUAAUCCCAGCCUAUGCAAAGCCAAGGGUCGCGGCCUGCAGCCCAAAGGCCUGAGGGUGAAGGAGACCGCAGACUUCAAGGUUUUCACCAAGGGGGCGGGAACGGGCGAGCUCAAAGUCUCCAUCAAAGGCCCGAGGGGGCUUGAGGAACCAUGUAAAAGGAAAGAUCUUGGUGACGGUGUGUAUGAGUUUGAGUAUUACCCCACCACUCCUGGGACGUACAUUAUCACCAUCACCUGGGGAGGGCAGCACAUCCCUCGCAGCCCCAUUGAGGUCAAGGUUGGUGCUGAGGCUGGCCAGCAGAUGGUGAGGGCCUGGGGUCUGGGACUCGAGGGGGGCAUCGUGGGUAAAUCUGCCGACUUUGUGGUGGAGGCUGUUGGAGACAAUGUCGGCACGCUGGGUUUCUCUGUGGAGGGUCCGUCUCAAGCAAAGAUCGAAUGUGACGACAAAGGCGACGGUUCCUGCGAUGUGCGCUACUGGCCCACUGAGCCUGGCGAGUAUGCCGUCCAUGUGCUCUGCAGCAACGAGGACAUCCAGCACUCCCCUUUCAUGGCUGAGAUUGUCAACCCACCAGAGAAGGACUUCUACCCCGACAAGGUGAAAGCGUACGGUCCCGGGCUGCAGAGCAGCGGGCUGGCUGUUGGAAAGCUCACAGAGUUCACGGUUGAUGCCAAGCAAGGAGGCAAGGCCCCCCUCAAGAUUUUAUCUCAGGAUGCAGAAGGAAACCCUGUAGACGUCCAGGUUAAGGAUAAUGGAAACGGCACAUACACCUGCACCUACACGCCAGCCAAACCUGUGAAGCACACGGUCAUGGUGUCCUGGGGAGGAGUCAACAUCCCUGACAGUCCAUUCAGGAUGAACAUUGGCGCUGGCUGUCAUCCCAACAAAGUGAAGGUGUCUGGACCUGGAGUGGCCAAAACGGGCCUGAAAGCCUUUGAGCCAACUUACUUCACAGUGGAUUGCACAGAAGCUGGGCAAGGUGACAUCAGUAUAGGAAUCAAGUGUGCUCCCGGCGUUGUUGGACCCGCAGAGGCGGACAUCGACUUUGACAUCAUCAGAAACGACAACGACACGUUUACUGUCAAAUACACUCCACCUGGAGCGGGCAGCUACACCAUCAUGGUCCUGUUUGCUGAUCAGACAAUUCCAAUGACACCAGUCAGGAUCAAAGUGGAUCCUUCCCAUGAUGCAAGCAGGGUAAAGACUGAUGGGCCAGGACUCAGUCGCAGCGGUGUGGAACUGAACAAACCCACCUACUUCACUGUGAACACCAAAGGAGCAGGCAAAGCUAACGUGGACUGCAUCUUCACCGGUCCCAACAAAAGGGAUGCUGUUAAAGACUUUGAAAUCAUCAACAACCGGGACAACACGCACACGGUCAAAUACACCCCCGUGCAGCAGGGACCUCUAACUGUUGGUGUGACCUACGGUAAAGAUCCCAUUCCCAAGAGUCCCUUCAGCGUUCCUGUAGCGCCCUCCCUGGACCUCAGCAAGAUCAAUGUGACCGGCCUUGGAGACAAGAUGACUGUUGGCAAAGACCAGGAAGUGACUGUCAAAUCAAAGGGCGCCGGCGGUCAGGGAAAGGUUGCUGCAAAGGUGACAGGACCAUCUGGGAAGCCCGUGGCCAGCAAGGUUGAAAUGGGGCUAAGCCCAGAGACCAGCCAGGUGAAGUUCAUUCCCCGGGAAGUGGGGCCGUACCAGGUCGAACUGACCUACGAUGGCGUGCCGAUCCCUGGAUCACCAUUCACCCCCACAGCUUACCCUGCGUCGGACCCCUCCAAGGUGCGCUGCUCCGGCCCAGGCUUGGAGCGUGGCAGAGUUGGAGAGACGGGGGAGUUUGUCGUGGACUGCACCAAUGCCGGUCCAGCAGAGCUAACCAUCGAGAUCAUUUCGGAUGGUGGCACUGAGGCAGAGGUUCACAUUCAGGACAAUGGAGAUGGGACCUACACCAUCACGUACAUCCCAUUGUACCCUGGCUGCUACACGCUCACCAUCCGCUACGGUGGCCAGGAUGUGCCCAACUUCCCCGCUCAGCUAAGUGUUGAGCCUGCAGUCGACACCAGCGGGGUCCACGUGUUUGGACCGGGGGUGGAGGGGAAAGGAGUCUUCAGAGAUGCUACCACAGACUUCACAGUGGAUGCUCGCGCUCUCACCCAGACUGGAGGGGAACACAUCAAAGCUCUGAUCAGCAACCCGUCUGGAAGCUGCACGGACGCGCUGAUCACGGAUCUCCGAGAUGGAACUUACAACGUGGAGUACACUCCGUACGAGGAGGGCCCGCACAGCGUGGAGGUUUGCUACGACGGCUCCCCGGUGCCCAAGAGUCCGUUCCGUGUCGCCGUCACCGAAGGGUGCGACCCGGCUCGUGUCCGCGUGCACGGUCCUGGACUGAAAACUGGCAUCACCAACAAGCCAAAUAAGUUCACAGUGGAAACCAGAGGAGCAGGAACUGGUGGUCUUGGUUUGGCCAUGGAAGGUCCAUCAGAGGCAAAGAUGUCCUGCAUUGAUAAUAAGGAUGGCAGCUGCAGUGUGGAGUAUAUUCCAUAUGAGGCAGGAACCUACAACCUCAACGUAACCUAUGGAGGACAGCCCAUCACAGGGAGUCCUUUCACGGUGCCCGUUAGCGACACGGUGGACAGUACAAAGGUAAAAUGCCAGGGACCCGGUCUGGGCAACUCUGUCAGAGCAAACAUCCCACAGGCGUUCACCGUGGACGCCUCCAAAGCUGGAGUGGCCCCGCUGCAGGUCCGAGUUCAAGGCCCCCAAGGUGUGGUCGAACCGGUGGAGUUGGUGGACAAUGGAGACCAAACCCACACAGUCAACUACAUUCCCACCAGAGAGGGACCGUACUCCAUUAAUGUGCUGUACGCUGACGAGGAGAUCCCACGCAGCCCCUAUAAGGUGAAGGUCCUCCCCACCCACGACGCCAGUAAGGUGCGAGCAAGUGGACCGGGCCUCAACACCACAGGGGUGCCCGCCUCCCUGCCUGUCGAAUUCACAAUUGAUGCCAAAGAUGCCGGCGAGGGGCUGCUGGCAGUGCAGAUCACGGACCCAGAGGGGAAGCCGAAAAAGGCCAACAUCCGGGACAACCACGAUGGGACUUACCUGGUGUCUUAUGUGCCAGACAUGACGGGCAGAUACACCAUCCUGAUAAAGUACGGCGGGGAUGAGAUCCCAUACUCACCGUACCGCAUCAGGGCUCUGCCCACCGGAGAUGCCAGCAAGUGCACCGUCACAGUCUCAAUCGGCGGUCACGGCUUAGGCGCUGGCAUCGGCCCAACCAUCCAGAUCGGCGAGCAGACGGUCAUCACAGUCGACGCCAAGGCUGCAGGAAAAGGAAAGGUGACGUGCAGCGUGUGCACGCCUGAGGGGGCGGAGCUGGACGUGGACGUAGUGGAAAAUGAGGAUGGCACUUUUGACAUCUUCUACACAGCGCCACAGCCUGGCGAGUACGUAAUCUGCGUGCGUUUUGGAGGAGAGCACAUUCCCAACAGCCCCUUCCAAGUCACGGCCCUGGAAGGAGCUCCCUCAGACCAGCUCAUGCAGCAGAGCCAAAUGGCCCAGUACUACACUCAGCAGCCCUGGGCAACAGACCGGCCAAUGGGAAUGAAUGGUCUGGAUGUGGCAGGGCUGAGACCUUUUGACCUCGUAAUCCCGUUUACCAUCCAGAAGGGCGAGAUCACAGGUGAGGUCCGAAUGCCUUCGGGUAAGGUGGCCAAACCCGACAUUACUGACAACAAAGACGGCACCGUCACCGUCAAGUAUGCGCCUACGGAGGCCGGCCUGCAUGAGAUGGACAUUAAAUACGAUGGCAUCCACAUCCCAGGAAGCCCUCUGCAGUUCUACGUGGACUACAUGAACAGCGGAAACGUCAGCGCCUAUGGCCCCGGCCUCAUCCACGGCACCGUCAACAAACCUGCCGUCUUCACGGUUGAUACUAAAGAUGCAGGAGAAGGAGGUCUUUCUCUGGCCAUCGAGGGUCCAUCCAAAGCGGACAUCAGCUGCGUGGACAACCAGAACGGGACUUGCACCGUGUCCUACCUGCCUGUUCUGCCGGGAGACUACAACAUCCUGGUCAAAUACAACGACAAGCACAUUUCCGGAAGCCCCUUCUCUGCCAGGAUAACAGGUGACGACUCCAUGAGAAUGUCCCAGCUAAAGGUGGGUUCAGCUGCAGACAUUCCUCUGGAUAUUGGCGAGCUGGAUCUUAGCCAGCUGACCGCCUCCCUCACCACGCCCUCCGGCCGCGAGGAGCCCUGCCUGCUGAAGAUGCUGCGUAACGGACACGUGGGAAUCUCAUUCAUUCCCAAAGAGAUGGGAGAACAUCUGGUAAACAUCAAGAAGAACGGUCGCCACAUUCCCAGCAGUCCUUUCGCCGUCAUGAUCAGCCAGUCUGAGAUUGGUGAUGCCAGCCGGGUCCGUGUGAGCGGGCAGGGCCUGAGUGAGGCAAAGACCUUUGAGCUGGCGGAGUUCAUCAUCGACACUCGGGAUGCAGGGUAUGGCGGCCUGAGCCUCUCCAUUGAGGGACCCAGUAAAGUCGACAUCAACACAGAAGACCAAGAAGACGGAACUUGUAAAGUCAUGUAUUACCCCACAGAACCAGGAAACUACAUCAUCAACAUCAAGUUUGCUGACCAGCAUGUACCAGGGAGCGCGUUUACAGUGAAGGUGACUGGAGAGGGCAGGAUGAAGGAGAGCAUCACCAGGAAGAGGAGGGCGGCAUCUGUCGCCAACGUGGGCAGCCAGUGUGACCUCAACCUCAAGAUCCCAGAGAUCAGCAUAGCGGACAUGACUGCUCAGGUGAUCAGCCCGUCGGGUCAGAUUCACAAGGCGGACAUCAUGGAGGGGGAGAAUAACACCUACUGCAUCCGCUUCGUCCCCACCGAGACGGGAGUGCACACCGUGAACGUCAAAUACAACGGCAUGCACGUACCUGGCAGCCCCUUCCAGUUCACAGUAGGACCCCUGGGAGAAGGCGGGUCGCACAAAGUCCGGGCUGGAGGUCCAGGUCUAGAGAGAGCAGAGGCAGGAGUACCAGCGGAGUUCAGCAUCUGGACGAGGGAGGGCGGGGCCGGAGGACUGAGCAUUGCUGUGGAGGGGCCCAGCAAGGCGGAGAUCACCUUCGAGGACCGCAAAGAUGGUUCCAGUGGCGUGUCUUAUAUUGUCCAGGAGCCUGGCGACUAUGAGGUCUCCAUCCGCUUCAACGACGAGCACAUCCCUGACAGCCCCUUCAUCGUCCCGGUGGCUUCGCCGUCGGAUGACGCCCGCCGUCUCACUGUUGCCAGUCUUCAGGAGUCCGGUUUGAAGGUGAACCAACCGGCAUCGUUCGCCGUCAGCCUGAACGGCGCCAAAGGAGUAAUUGAUGCAAAAGUCCACAGUCCUUCUGGAGCUCUGGAAGAGUGCUGCGUCACGGAGAUCGACCAAGAUAAGUACGCAGUUCGGUUCAUCCCCAGAGAGAACGGCCUCUAUCUGAUCGAUGUGAAGUUCAACGGAAGUCACAUUCCAGGAAGUCCCUUUAAGAUCAGAGUGGGAGAGACCGGUCAGGCUGGAGACCCUGGAAUGGUUUCUGCCUAUGGGGCGGGACUAGAGGGAGGCACCACAGGAACCGCAUGCGAGUUUGUGGUAAACACCAGCACUGCGGGCCCCGGCGCCCUGGCCGUGACCAUCGACGGGCCCUCCAAGGUGAAGAUGGACUGCGUGGAAUGCCCCGAGGGUUACAAAGUCACAUACACCCCAAUGGCGCCAGGCAACUAUCUAAUCUCCAUCAAAUAUGGCGGCCCUUACCACAUCGUGGGAAGCCCCUUCAAAGCCAAGAUCACAGGUUCCAAGCUGGUUUCCAGCCACAGUAUGCACGAAACCUCCUCAGUCAUGGUCGACCCAGUGACCCGAGCAAUCAGCUGCUCUCAGCAGGGAGCUCCUGUCCACUCAGAUGCCAGCAAGGUGGUGGCUAAAGGUCCGGGCCUGACCAAAGGCUUCAUCGGUCAGAAGAACAACUUCUGUGUGGACUGCAGCAAAGCAGGUCGUAACAUGCUCCUGGUCGGCGUGGAUGGUCCCAAGGUCCCCUGCGAGGAAAUCCUAGUGAAGCAUUUGGGCAACCGGGUGUACAAUGUGAGCUACCAGCUGAAGGAGAAGGGGGAGUACAUCCUGGUGGUGAAAUGGGGAGACGAGCACAUCCCCGGCAGCCCCUACCACAUCACCGUCUAAAGCCACAGAUCAUAACUUACCACUGUUCCAAACGACUGAAUCUUGUCCUGCCUGUUGUCGUUUACAGACCGCCGCCGCCGCUCUAAGUUUCAGAUUCAGCUUUCCUGUUUUGAUAGAACUA